CCAAACAUGGAUAAGUGUGGAGAGUGUUUUGCUCUUUUCCCAUCAUGCUUUGUAAUGGAUUUAAAUCAGUGUAAUUUAGAUUGUUGUAUGGUGCAUGAACAGAAUACCCACAAAGUUCAGUGAGCAGGUUGUGUUAUGUGUGAUUUUUAUUUUUUUAUUUUUUUGCACCAUGACUAGGGAAGGUUGUUUGCAUUAGGUCAUAUAAGUUAAUGCUGUAAAAGUAAAAGUCAUUGAUUUGAAAUACUCGCAUUGUCCACUCGAUGGCACCAAAAUGAAGGCAGUCUCCCUGCAAGGAAAAUUCCAUAUUCAACUCUUGAUGUUUCGCGGUUCUAAAAGCCACAACAGUUUUUGGCAGAUAACGUCACAUAGUCUGACUGGCACCCCGUCUGGACUCGUUUUGGGCCAAAGCGUCCCAUCUCGUGGGAUUCGCUCCAUAGACUGGACCGAAGCAAAGUCAUUCACAGGGAUUACAGAUUAAGAUUUCCCCCCUGACCGCUUUGGUUGAGUUAAUCUGGGGAUUACGAUGUCAACAGACUGGAGCUACAGGAGGGGAAAUUGAAUUGUAAUGAGAAGAGCCGCGCCGGCCCUCAGAUUACAGCGCGGUCCCGGAGAAACCAGACACAAGAGUCCAUGUUUGUGCCUUUUGUCGUGCUGAACAAGACCAACGCGGGACACAGAUAUUGCCUUCGGGCAAAGCAUUUGUCUUUGGGGCGGAACUGCAGUGGAAUAAUGUUCAGGAAGUUGAUUGAGUGGUAAAACGGUUGCUGUGUUAGCGGUAAUCCCGCUCUCGUCUCUGGAGCACCAGGUGACAACUCCCGAGGUUCCUCCCGAGGUUCCCCCCGAGGUUCCUCCCGCUGCUCCCGCUGCCGCUGUCCAAACCCAAGGUUGCACCAAAACCAAGAAGAUGAAAGUGAAAUGGACCCAACUGGGUUUGGUGUUCUUUCUGGUCCUGUCUAUGGUGAUGACAGGAUGCUUCUUUUGGCAAUAUCAGCUCCCAAAGAUCCAGCCAGAUGAAGUGCUGGGUCGCAACUCCAAACUCGAAAUGAGGUGCCCCCGCUUCCCCGAGCCUCUACCACUGCAGCAUCCCAUUCCCAGUCUGAAAGACGCUCUGGAAAAGGUGGACGUUUUGCUCCGCCAGAGCAUCCAUCCUGUCAGCCUCCCUGCUCUCUCCGCCAUCGUCAUCCUCAAUGACACGGUUUUGUGGACCGGCAAUUUUGGCAAGAGAAACAGCUCGGAUGCCUUUUCGGGACCCCCCAAUGAGUACACGGUCUACAGAAUCGCCAGCCUGUCCAAGAUCUUCCCCACGCUCAUGUUGUACCGGCUGUGGGAGGAAGGCAAAAUCAGCUCCCUGGACGACCCCCUGGAGAAGUAUGUGGAGAACUUCACCAUCAAAAACCCCAUGGGGAAGACGCGGGACUCGGAGCUCAAAUACGUGACGGACGGUCUGAUCUUUCUGGACAGCGGCGAGGUUCCCAUCCGCUCGUCCUCGGUGACGCUGCGCAGGAUGGCCAGCCAGCUUUCCGGCUUGCCCAGGAGACUCCGAGCCACCAACCUCCUUUGGAAAGGAAAAACUCAAUCUGCAAUCAAUCUCCUGCAGGACGACGUGCUUGUGGCCGACCCCGGAACGAAAUGUCACUACAGCAACCUGGCCUUCUCGCUGCUGGCCCACGUGAUGGCCGAGCGCGUCGCCAGCGUGGACUAUCAACGCUGGAUCACAGACAACAUCCUGGAGCGUCUGGGCAUGGAGGACACCGGCUUCGACAUCACACCGGGCCUCCAGGGUCAGGUGGCGGUGGGCGUGUACUCCAACGGAAAGCCCGCCCCCCUCUACGACCUGGGCUGGUACCGGCCUUCGGGGCAGAUGUUCUCCACGGCGGCCGACUUGGCCAAGCUCGCCAUGAUGCUGCUGGGGGCCUAUCACCGCAAGCUCCUGGAGCCCGACUCCUUGAAGAUCAUGCUCACGCCGCUCUUCCGGUGCGAUAAGGACUACUUCGCCAACCGCACGGGGACGCCGUGGGAGGUGAACGAGCUGCUGGGCUACGAGGUGGUCCGCAAGGACGGCGAUCUGGACGGCUACUCGGCCACCUUCUCCCUGGUUCCCCGCUUGAAGAUGGGCCUGGUGGUGCUGAUGGCGGGGAGCAGGUCCCAGAAGCAGGACGUGGUGUCCAAGGUUUACCAGCAAAUCAUCCCCGCUGUAGAAAAGGCCUUCAGGGAGGCCACCAGGGUCCUGGUUGCGCCCCCCAACCCGGAAGCGUACGCGGGCUUCUUCACCUACAGCAACAUCACCUUCUACGAGAUCAAAGCCGGCGCCGACGGCGUUCUGACCAUGCAGCAAUUCGGCCCUCAGAUCGAAGAGCUGAUCCCGGAAAAGUAUCGCACGAUAAAGCUCAACUACCUGGUGGAGCGCGUCUUCAGGGUGGCGUUCGAGAGAGACUACCCUUGCGUCCUCCGAGUGGGCUCAGCCUCCGUGUCCCUGGAAGCACAGGACGGACAGCUGUUCAACUUCUACACCUACGACAAGCGAGGCCUGUCGCCCGGGUUCGACGCGCCGGGGCUGAACACGUACAACGUGGUGCGGAUCGCCCGCAAGCCCUCCUUCUCCAGCUGAGGACACUUGGAGAAGUGGCUUCCUUGCCUCAAACACUCACAUCUGUUCUCUCUCCGCUCGCCAAGUCAUCGCGGGGGGACAGAAGCAUUUUGACCAUGUUGACGUUAUUUUCCCACAUCGUUGUUGCAAAUGGCACUCCCGUCUUUCACUGUCCGGGACAAAACAUCCGUGGUAUUUACAUUAAACUCACCUGCCACAAUUUCAGGUCAACGAGAAGAUCUGCAUGAAGAAGUGUGCCUUUACAAAAAUAAUAAUGCUGUCAGAGAGGGUUUUAUUUGCAGGCUUUUUAUUCGCGGCGCUUUUUUGGGCGUCAGGGCCAGCAAGGCACUCUGCUGGCCUAACAUAAGCAGAAAUCAUAAUCAAAGAUUGUGGAGGUCUUGCUCCUCCGGGUUCUUUGGACCACCAAACAUCUUUACACCACUCCGGCUCAGGGUUGCACCAAUGUUUAUUUUACAACAAACUUGUGUCGGAUUGUGCAAAGUCUCUCUUUCAGGCUUUUCAGCCGUCGUCUUGUUCCCAAGUGAGCACACGAAUGGUUUCUCUUCAGUCUCUUUUAUGCUUUUCAGCAAAUGUCUUUCGUUUCUGUCAAUCUCGCUCUCGCUCUCUCUCCUCUCGUCUCGACUCGUGCUCGUCCUCCACCAACAACAACUCCUCCCUCCCUCCCGACUGCUGCCUUUAACAGAGCAACAGGUGAUCAGACAAACACUCCCAGCUGAGUCAUCUACGCACCUGUCGCUGAUCUCGAAACCGGUAAUGGGACACCCUGCUUCGCUGCAGGUCCACAGGCCACGCCAGAGGUGUGGACUCGAGUCACAUGACUUGGACUCGAGUCAGACUCGAGUCAUGAAUUUGAUGACUUUAGACUCGACUUGACAAAAUGUAAAAAUACUUGCAACUCGACUUAGACUUUAACAUCAAUGGAUUUGAGCCUUUUGAAUUGACAUGACUUGACAUGACUUGCUACUUCCCCCAAAACCCAAAGAUGAAAAAGUUAUUCGGGAGCGCUCCGUAUUUGUCAUUGUGUACUUGUCUAUCAGCGUUGCGUGUGUCAGCUGGUGUGGUCUCAGUACAACAGCCAAUCAAAUUAGAUCUACUUUGUUUUCAUCACACAGCAUUCAUCCAAUCAAAUUGCAGGACAACCAACGAAGAAGACAUGUCCAAACCACACGACAGUGAACAAAAAAUGAUACCUAAAAUAAUUAUGUUUGGGUAUAAAAAUUACGAGGUGGUCAACACAAAACGGUUUGCAGUAUGCAACACAUGCGGUUCGAAAAUUACUGAUGGAGAGGCAACAACUUCCAACUUCGUCCGGCAUUUGAAGUUGCACAAAGAACGGUAAGUUUUGAAUGUAAGAUAACGUUUAUUGGCUAAGUAACGUGACUUUUAUUUGCUGUGUAGUUAAAUCAGUGAGGCUGUAAACUCACUGCUAACGUUAUAACGUUAUUGCAAACACGGGAAUCUGUUGCAGUUCACUACCUUAUUCAUACUUUUUGUUCAGUGAUUUUUUUUAAGCAGGGUUAUGUUAGUCAAUAUAUCACACGUAACGUUAGACGGCGGUCAGCAGCACCGCGUAUUUUAGCCACCUAAAAAAAGACAAAAAUAGUAAAAUAAAGGUCAGUUAAAAUGUAUACUAUAUUAUGAAUAUGUGUACCGUUUUAGCUAGCUUUCUGACAUACUGUUGGUUGUUUACCUCAGUGGUCCCCAACCACCGGGCCGUGGCCUGGUACUGGUCCGUGGAUCGAUUGGUAUCAGGCCGCACAAGAAAUAAUUUUUUUCUUUUUUCUUUUUUUAAUUAAAUCAACAUAAAAAACACAAGAUACACUCACAAGUAGUGCACCAACCCAAAACAACUCUCUCCCCCCUUUUGUUCUGGGCAUUGAACAUGAAGACUCUUCCUUCACUGUUCCGAGUGGCCAUGAGAGUCUUGGCAGUGCCUGCCUCCAGUGCUCCAGUGGAGCGAGUUUUCAGCCAUGGUGGCAUCAUACUACGCCCCCAUCGUGCACAAAUGACUGACAGACUCUUGGCUAAUUUGGUCUUUUGCAAAUGCAAUGCAGCAUAGGGCCCUGACAUAUAAAAAGUACAACUCUUUUGUUAUGUUCACGUAUAUGUCAUGUUUUUUCAAUGUUAACACUUUUGUACAAAUAAGUACAUUUGCACUUUAUUUUUCAAUGUGUUUGUUCUGUAAAGGAAUGAGUUAAUGUUUAAAAUGACUGGUUAAUAGUGCUAUUAUAAAGUGUAAUGUCAGCACAAUUUUCUUUCCUGCAAUUUAAAAUGCACUUGUUUUAAUAAAUAAAUACAGCAUUUGAAAAGCAUACACAAUCUGUGUUAAUAUAUUAGUCUGUGGUUAAAAGGACUUGAAAGGACUCGAAACUCAAAAUGCAGGACUUAGGACUUGACUUGAGACUUUCCAGUCUUGACUUUGGACUUGACUCGGGGCUUGCCUGUCUUGACUCGGGACUUGACUCGGACUUGAGGGCAAAGACUUGAGACUUACUUGUGACUUGCAAAACAAUGACUUGGUCCCACCUCUGGGCCACGCCCCCCAACAAAGAUAAAAGUAACUUUCCCUAAAUAUUUAAAAGUAUUCAUAUACACUUCAUGUCAUAUUAUGCUCCUUCCAGUGCUGUUGUUUUUAGGUUAGAGUUUUUAUCCAAUCAGAAUUCAGCUGGCUUAUGUUGCCAUGCUGUACCAAAUCUGCCUUCAGAAUCACCAAUGUCUGUGCACUGUAAGUGAACAGACACAUACAGUUGAUAGAUAAUUGCGAUAGCCAAUCAGAUCACAAGUUGUUGACAGUAGCCUAUCUAGGUAGCCUGAUGUUAACGAGACUGUGACUGGAUACUCACUUGUCACUUCAAAGUAGGGCCGGGCGAUAUGGCCUUUUUUUAAUAUCUCAAUAUUUUUAGGCCAUGUCUCGAUACACGAUAUAUAUCGCGAUAUUUUGCCUUAGCCUUGAAUGAAGACUUGAUGCAUAUAAUCACAGCAGUAUGAUGAUUCGAUGUGUCUACAUUAAAACAUUCUUGUUCAUACUGCAUUAAUUUUAAACUUUCAUGCAGAGAGGGAAAUCACAACUAAAUCAAUUUACCAAAACUGUAUUUCUUAAAGAGUUAUUAAGCAGUGGCACAAACAUUCAUGUCAUUCCAAAACAGAAAGUGCAAGAUUGUCCGAGAAAUUUUAAAACAAGCUAUUAGUGCACUUUUGUGCAUGAUGUCACUAAGAUUACAUAUCAAAACAACACUAAAUUAAAGUGCACUUUUUGUACAGAACGCCACUACAAUAGUUUAAAACAAAUAAAGUGCACUUUUGUGCGUUAUGUCACACAAGAUAUUUCAAUAACUGUCAAAUAAAAAUGAGCUGCAUAAUAGGAAAUCAAAUCCUUCGCUAUGUGGUAGGUUCCUGCAGACGUUAUCUCCUUCUGUUGUUGACUAUUUUUUUCAUACGAUGUUGUUGUGGAAAUAGUUGCAUCGGAAUUUUGUGGGUGUGGCACCGAACGGAGAUGUUAACAUGCGGAGUUUCAAGCACUCCUUAUUCUCUAGCGGGUGACUUUUCAAAUGAUGCUACAAAUUAGCAGUAAUGUUACUUUUUGUAGCAACGCUUUUACCCCACACUUGACAUAUUACGGUUGUCUGUUCGACAUCUUCCCGCUUGAAGCCAAACCACCGCCAGACGAUGGACCCCCUGCUGUUUUUCUUGGGAGUUAAUUAUUCUUCCUUCAUUUGUUACCAGAUUCGCACUCUCUCUCUCGUAUUACCACUCGCACCACAGCUAACGUUACCUAUGUCGCUACCUCUCUGCUCCGCGAGGGCGAUACGUAUGUGACGUAUGUAAAAGGUGCGCUUGUUUAUGUCUCUGUGAGAAGACGAGACAAGAAAGAGUGAGAAAAGCAUGUAGUGUAAUGCCCGCAGCUAAAAGCAACUGCGUGAGAACGUAUACCCGAAUAUCACGAUAUAGUCAUUUUCUAUAUCGCACAGAGACAAACCCGCGAUAUAUCGAGUAUAUCGAUAUAUCACCCAGCCCUACUCCAAAGUGAGUAUCCAAUCACAAGUUGCAAUUUACUGAAGCAAGAAGUGUUGCACCGUAGCCAUACCGGACUAGCAGAGAAAUGUUUAACCCACAAAGAAGGAGAACAAAACGUGGAUUAAGUGGCAGAUAUAUAUUUACAAGGCCAUUUUCAAGAAGGAUAUUUAAAGAGAAACUACAUCUUGUGAGACGAUUUCGGCGAUGAAAUAGGGAAAUGCCCGCCAUUUCCCCUCGAAUCGACGAGGGGUACCCCAGGCUUAUUCGGCGUCCAAUGGGUGCUACAAAUUGUGGGUUCAAAUAUUUUAUUUCUUUAUUUUUUCACAUUUAAUAUGUUUUUUACAGUUUUAAUUUUGACAGUACCACGAUAAGAUAUGUUUUAAUUGCUGAUGCGGAUUGAUUGACUUUUAAGUGCGCCAGAAAAUAACCCAUUUUGUACACUGUUGAUGUGUUUCAAUGAAAAGUAGGGCAUAAAUGUGUUUCUGUAUAGUAUUUCUCCAGCAAUGGUCAUGUGGGGACAUCAAUUAUGGUAUUUUAAAAGGUAAUCAUUGAAGUCGGACAUCACUGAAGGCCUAGGUGGGAAACACACCGCCCGCCACUGGUUUUCAGCCUUAUUUCAAAAUGGAAUCUAUUCAUAUUUGUCUCAAAAUUCUACACACAGUACCCCAUGACAAUGUAAAUAGUUUUGUUUUGUUUUAUUGCAAAUUUAUUUAAAAUAAAAAAACUAAAAAAAAGUUGGAAUACGCCUUUAACAUAACAAAAUGUGAAAAAAGUGAAGCGCUGUGAAUGGAUGGACUAUACCAGGAGUCCCCAAACUACGGCCCGCCAGCGUCCAAAAUCCGGCCCGCGGGAAGUCCCAAGUUUAUUUUUUUUUAUUUAUUUUUUUUUCAAAUUAUAAUUUUUUUUUAUCUGUCCUUUUUAAUCCAUUUUCUACUGCUUGUUACUUUUGGUGUCUCCUCGCUGCUCAGGCAAAUCAUAUUGUCUAAAAAUGCAUUUUUCCAUCGAUAACUUGAAACUCAUCGAGAGAAUGCCAAGAGUGUGCAAAACAAUCUGUUAUAUACUGUCAAAGGGAAGGAGGCGACACCAAGGCAGAACUGCGGUUUAGAAGGUUUAUUUAAACCUUUGAUGAAUGUGUGAGGUGUGUAUGCUACCACUAGUGAAUGAAUGCGGACGAUGUGUGGAAUUAACAAUGUGAUAUUUACCAGUGGGUGUUGUCGGUGCGUGUUGAGUGAAUCUUUCACCAAAUCCAAGGGGGAAGGCAAAGAGGCAGCCAGCGGGGAGGCAAGCAGUCGAGGGCAGGAGAGAGACAACGAUGUCAAUGUCCAGGCAGUGGUCAAGGAUCGAGGGAGGCAAGCAAAUAUCCGGGAGGGAGUCGUGAGGGAAGACACGAACUCGGGUAACAGGGAAAACACUGUGGAAGACACAAAGGACAUCAAUAAGGAACGAGGAAGAGCACAAAGAAGGCGAGCAAGGAACGAGGGAGGGGUGCCAGACGUGAUGCUUACUCAGGGGAGAUUGG